GUUGAAACACAAAAAGAAUUGCUGGUGAAGCUUCUGACAUUUGUCCUCUCACUUCCACGCUUUCGCUUUCAACUCCCUACCAGACCCACUCCAAAAACCGUUUUAUUUUUUCCUUACCUCGCUUUUCAUUGCAACACACACGCACACUCUUCUCUCUCUCUUCUCACCGCCAUGACGCGACUCAGGAAACUCGGCGCCGUCACCGCAACCGCCAUCGCCGCCGCGUACGGCGGGGCUGUCGUCCUGCACGAUCCUCUAAUAUCUGCCAGCGAUUACGGAGGUAAUUCCCGGCUCGAGGCCCUCCGAAAAAAGGUGCACGACCCCGGCGCCGUCGUGCCGGCCAGGGAGGCGCAGCAGUCGGUGCUCGCAGCUGCCAGCAAGUCUAAUCCACUCGAUGUUCUCGUCAUCGGAGGCGGAGCUACCGGUUCCGGCGCUGCUCUCGACGCCGUAACCCGAGGACUCCGUGUCGGGCUCGUGGAGCGGGAGGAUUUCGCUGCCGGAACUUCGUCUCGUUCCACGAAGCUCCUUCAUGGAGGUGUUCGGUACCUGGAGAAAGCUGUCUUUAACCUUGACUAUGGGCAAUUCAAGUUAGUGCUUCAUGCACUUGAAGAACGGAAACAGGUUAUUGACAAUGCACCACACCUAUGUCAUGCAUUGCCAUGCAUGACUCCAUGUUUUAGCUGGUUUGAAGUAGUGUACUACUGGAUGGGCUUGAAAAUGUAUGAUUUGGUCGCAGGAAGACAACUGUUGCACAUAUCAAGAUAUUAUUCUACAGAAGAGUCUGUUGAUCUCUUUCCCACUCUGGCAAGGAAGGUAAAUGAUAGAAGUCUAAGGGGCACCGUUGUUUAUUAUGAUGGGCAGAUGAAUGAUGCACGGCUUAACGUUGGAUUGGCUUGCACUGCUGCUUUAGCUGGUGCAGCAGUGCUGAACCAUGCUGAAGUUGUAUCCUUACUGAAGGAUGACGAUGGAAAACGGAUAAUUGGUGCACGGAUUCGGGACAGUUUAACUGGGAAUGAGUUUGAUACAUAUGCAAAAGUAAUUGUGAAUGCGAGUGGACCAUUUUGUGACUCUAUAAGGAAAAUGGCCAACAAAAAUGCACAGCAAAUGAUUUCUCCCAGCAGUGGGGUGCACAUUAUACUCCCUGAUUAUUAUUCUCCUGAAGGAAUGGGCUUAAUUGUCCCUAAAACUAAGGAUGGGCGUGUCGUUUUUAUGUUGCCGUGGCUGGGAAGAACGGUUGCUGGAACUACAGAUUCUAAUACUAGCAUUACUUUUCUUCCAGAACCACACGAAGAUGAAAUACAAUUUAUAUUGGAUGCCAUCUCCGGUUACCUUAGUGUCAAAGUACGCCGCGGUGAUGUUCUUUCUGCUUGGAGCGGCAUUCGCCCUUUAGCACUGGACCCAACGGCAAAAAAUACCGAGAGUAUCUCAAGGGAUCAUGUUGUAUGCGAGGAUUACCCCGGUUUGGUCACCAUCACUGGUGGCAAGUGGACUACCUAUCGGAGUAUGGCAGAAGAUGCUGUUAAUGCUGCUAUUAAGUCUGGAAAGCUUUCCCCCACCAGUAGAUGUGUGACAAACAAUCUCCGUCUUGUUGGUGGUGAAGGGUGGGAGCGUUCAUCUUUUACAGUUCUUGCUCAACAGUAUACACGCAUGAAAAGUACACAUAGUGGCAAAGUUGUUCCUGGGGUAAUGGAUUCUGCUGCUGCAAGACACUUGUCUCAUGCAUAUGGAACAUUGGCUGAGCGUGUGGCUGCCAUUGCUCAGAAUGAAAGUUUAGGUAAACGACUUGCACACGGUUACCCUUAUCUGGAGGCAGAAGUGGCCUACUGUGCUCGUAAUGAGUAUUGUGAAUCUGCUGUUGAUUUCAUUGCAAGGAGGACUCGUCUUGCUUUCCUUGAAACUGAUGCAGCACAAAAAGCAUUGCCUCGUGUGAUUGAGAUCUUGGCAAAGGAGCACAAGUGGAACGAUGCAAAGCAGAAGGAAGAGUUGGAGAAAGCUACAGAGUUUUUGAGAACUUUUAAAUCCUCCAGAAAUGCUAAGUUCCAUGAUGGAAAACACAGUUAGCUUUGUACUUCUGCAAAAGUCAUCAAUCAAAUAAAGGAAUCAAGGCCUUUAGUUUACCUUUACCAA